CGGCGGCCCGCCUUAGCGGGACACCGGGUGGCCGCGCCGGAAGUGCCCUUAGUGAGCCGGAAGUGCCCGUCUGAGGCGAUGGCGGCCCCCUGAGCUGCAUCCGGAGCCGGAGCCCGAGCAGGAGCGAGGUGGGAGCCCAAGCGCCCGUGCCCCGUGUGCCCGGUGUCCCUCGUGUCCGGCGGUGCCCCUCUGUGCCCCUCCGUGUCCAGCUGCCUCGCCCAGCGCCCCCUGUCCGCGGAGCUGCCCAAGAUGAAGACUGUGCUGAUGGUGGCGGAGAAGCCUUCCUUGGCUCAGUCCAUCGCCAAGAUCCUGUCCAGAGGGAACAUGUCCUCGCACAAGGGCCUGAACGGAGCUUGUUCGGUCCACGAGUACACUGGAUCCUUUAGCGGGCAGACCGUCCGCUUCAAGAUGACAUCCGUCUGUGGCCACGUCAUGACCCUGGAUUUCACUGGGAAGUAUAACCACUGGGACAGAGUGGACCCGGCUGAGCUCUUUAGCAAAGCCCCCACUGAGAAGAAGGAGGCCAACCCUAAGCUGAGCAUGGUGAAGUUCCUCCAGGUGGAAGGGAGAGGCUGUGACUACAUCGUGCUCUGGCUGGACUGUGACAAAGAAGGGGAGAAUAUCUGCUUCGAGGUCCUUGACGCUGUCCUGCCCGUCAUGAACAAGCCUCGGGGCACCGAGAAGACGGUGUUCAGAGCGCGCUUCAGCUCCAUCACGGACACGGACAUCUGUAAUGCCAUGGGCCGCCUGGGCGAGCCUGACCACAACGAGGCCCUCUCUGUGGAUGCCCGGCAGGAGCUUGACCUCCGCAUCGGUUGUGCCUUCACCAGGUUUCAGACCAAGUACUUCCAGGGGAAGUACGGCAAUCUGGACAGCUCGCUCAUCUCCUUUGGGCCGUGUCAGACGCCCACCCUGGGCUUCUGCGUGGAAAGGCAUGACAAGAUCCAGUCCUUCAAGCCAGAGGUGUACUGGGUGCUGCAAGCCAAGAUUAACCCCGACAAGGAUAGUUCUGUCCUUCUGGACUGGGACCGCGUGAGAGUGUUUGACCGGGAGAUCGCGCAAAUGUUCCUGAACAUUACCAGGAUGGAGAAGGAAGCCAAGGUGGAAGGGACGAGCCGAAAGGAGAAGGCCAAGCAGAGACCCCUGGCCCUGAACACGGUGGAGAUGCUCCGAGUGGCCAGCUCCUCUCUGGGAAUGGGGCCCCAGCAUGCCAUGCAGAUUGCUGAGAGACUCUAUACCCAGGGCUACAUCAGCUACCCUCGGACAGAAACCACCCACUACCCAGAAAACUUUGAUCUCAAGGGAUCUCUGAAGCAACAAGCCAACCACCCUUACUGGGCCCAGACGGUGAAGCAGCUGUUAGCGGAUGGCAUCAACCGGCCAAGGAAGGGCCAUGAUGCAGGGGACCACCCCCCAAUCACUCCCAUGAGGUCGGCCACAGAGGCAGAGUUAGGGGGCGACUCCUGGAGACUGUACGAAUAUAUCGCCAGGCACUUCAUUGCCACUGUCAGCCGCGACUGCAGGUACCUGCAUGACACUGUCUCUUUCCGGAUCGGGCCGGAGCGCUUCACCUGCUCGGGGAAGACGCUCAUCUCCCCAGGCUUCACCGAGAUCAUGCCUUGGCAGAGCAUCCCCCCUGAGGAGAGCCUCCCCACCUGUCAGAAGGGGGACACCUUCGCUCUCGGCGAAGUGAAGAUGCUGGAGAAGCAGACGAGCCCCCCUGACUACCUGACUGAGGCCGAGCUCAUCACGCUGAUGGAGAAGCACGGCAUCGGCACAGACGCCAGCAUCCCCGUGCAUAUCAACAACAUCUGUCAGAGGAAUUAUGUGACCGUGGAGAGCGGGCGGAGGCUGAGACCCACCAACCUGGGCAUCGUCUUGGUCCAUGGCUACUACAAAAUAGAUGCUGAGUUGGUGCUCCCAACAAUCCGAAGCGCCGUGGAGAAGCAGCUCAGCCUCAUCGCCUUGGGCAAGGCUGACUACCGCCAGGUGCUGGAGCACACCCUGAACAUCUUCAAGAGGAAGUUCCACUACUUUGUGGACUCCAUUGCUGGCAUGGACGAAUUGAUGGAAGUAUCUUUCUCGCCCCUCGCUGCCACUGGUAAACCUCUCUCCCGAUGUGGGAAGUGUCAUCGUUUCAUGAAGUAUAUCCAGGCCAAACCCAGCCGGCUGCACUGUUCUCACUGUGACGAGACCUACACCCUCCCCCAGAACGGCACCAUCAAACUCUACAAGGAGCUGCGGUGCCCGCUGGACGACUUUGAGCUCGUCCUCUGGUCUUCAGGCUCCAGGGGCAAGAGCUACCCUCUGUGCCCGUACUGCUACAACCACCCGCCCUUCAGGGACAUGAAGAAAGGGAUGGGCUGCAAUGAGUGUACGCAUCCCUCCUGCCAGCACUCGCUCAGCAUGCUGGGCAUCGGCCAGUGUGUGGAGUGUGAGAGCGGCGUGCUGGUGCUGGACCCCACAUCGGGCCCCAAGUGGAAGAUGGCCUGCAACAAGUGCAGCGUGGUGGUGCACUUCUUUGAGAAUGCCCACCGGGUCCGGGUCUCCGCAGACACCUGUGAGGCCUGCGAGGCUGCCCUGGUGGACGUCGACUUCAACAAGGCCAAGUCGCCCCUGCCGGGCGACGAGACCCAGCACACGGGCUGCGUCUUCUGUGACCCGGUCUUCCAGGAGUUGGUGGAGCUGAAGCACGCGGCCCCGUGCCACCCCAUGCACCGCAGCGGGCCAGGGAAGAGGCAGGGGCGAGGGCGGGCCAGGGGCCGACGCCCUGCGGGGAGACUCAAUCCCCGGCGGCCCAAGGACAAGAUGGCAGCCCUGGCCGCCUACUUUGUAUGACGUCCCUGCCAGGACACCUUUUGAAACCUGGCUCCUUGGGUCCCCUGCAGCCAUUAAAGCUUUGUCUCACUUCUUCAGAGGGAGGACCGUUGGCAUCCUUGUUGCUGGGCUGAGGCCGGGCCCUGAGGAGACGGUGGUCCUUGAGGCCAGUGUGGGGCGACUCUCUCCUGGUCUCUCUUCCUGUGCUCACCACCCCCACCCCCCCCAGACCCAGCCCUUCCUGGUUCACCAAUGAGGCCCCGGGGCCUCAGUGGGGGCAGCGUCCUGGGCUGCUGUGGGCACACAUGUUCUGAGCCUUUCUUGGCUGAGCUGGUCCUCCCUGGGCUGCCCUCAAAGCCUGCCUAGGACCUGCCCGAGCUUACAGGGUCCACCUUGCCAGUCACUGAAGGGGGACCUUACCAAGCGCCUCCUCUCCUUUUCCCAGCCUGCACCUAGAGAGGCCUUUUUUUUUUUUGCAAGGCAAUGAGGGUUAAGUGACUUGCCCAGGGUCACACAGCUAGUAAGUGUCAUGUGUCUGAGGCUGGAUUUGAACUCAAGUCCUCCUGAAUCCAGGGCAGGUGCUUUAUCCACUGCACCACCUAGCUGCCCCUAGAGAGGGCCUUUUAAUGACACAAGUGUGCCAGGGCAGGACCGGGGCUGAUGGGUGGGGCCCUGAAGCUUUGCAGAUCUGGGCCUAGGAGUGGGAGACAGAAGGUCUUCAGGGUCAACCCAGGGCUGUGAGCAUGAGGCACUUUGGCAACAUGGACGGGGGAUCAGGCACUGAUUGCUCACUGUGCUGGGCACUGUGCUAAACACCAGCAUAUACCAGCACCAGCAAAAAGAAAGGCAGCCCUGCCCUUGGAUGGGGA